AAGACACACCCUACUAUAAAUCAUGGACUUUAUAAAGAAACAGAUAUAUGGACCGGAUCCCAAAGACCAGAUGAGGAAGAUCAACCAGCUUCUUCGGAAGAAUAAACGAGAAUUGGACAGGUCCUUGAAUCAACUCCAACCUUUAAAGAAAAAGACUGAAAGCUUAAUAAAGAAAGCAGCUAAGGAGAAGGACUAUAAAACUGCCAAAUUGUAUGCAAAAGAAUUAAUUGGUAUCAAUCGCCAAUAUAACAAAUUAUAUACAUCUAGAACCAGAAUAGAGUCAAUUAACAUGACCAUUAACGAACAGUGGCAAAUGAACAAAUUAACUCAAUCUAUAGGUGCACUGACUUCUGUAAUGAAAGAUGUUAAUAGAUUGAUCCAUGUUGGUGCCGUGCUGCAAACUAUGCAAGAAUUAUCCAAGGAAUUGAUGAAGGCAGGUAUUAUUAAUGAAAUGGUGGAUGAUAUGGUCGAUGUCGAUUUUGAAGAGGAUGAAGAAUUAGAAUCCGAGUCACAAGAAGAAAUUAACAAGAUCAUAACCUCAUUGACUGAAGACAAGUUCUCGAAAAUUAGUCAUGAAGUUCCAACUACUAAAUUGGAAGAACCAGCUGAAGAAGAGGCUCCUGAAGAGGAAGAUGAAAUUGCAUUAGAUGAAAUGAGACAAAGGCUAAAAGCAUUACAAUAAACUAUAAUCGAUAAACAUUAGUUUAAGAUUGUAUAGAAAAGAAUACACAACAACGCCAAUUUGAAAUCUGCCCUAAUAGUGUUUACACCCGAGGUGUCAUCAAAAUAUGGAUCUUUGUGAACAUGAACUAAUGGUUUCUUUGAGACUCG